CCCCAAACAGAAGAAAACCCUUACACUCCUUCCCUUUUUUCUUCUUCUACUGUCGCCGUAAAGAAUUUUCAAAGGCGGUAGCGGCGGCGAUGGCGGAUCUUUUACCACCUCUUGUGACGGCAGAAGUCGAUGCCAAGGCUAAAUUCGAUGAGAAAGUUGAUUACGCGAAUCUCCCUUGCCCUGUUCCCUAUGAGGAACUCCACCGUGAAGCUUUCAUGUCCUUAAAGGCAGAAAAUUUUGAGGGUUUACGCUUUGACUUUACCAAGGCUUUGAAUCAAAAGUUUUCUCUCAGUCACAGUGUAAUGAUGGGGCCAACCGAAAUUCCUUCUCAGUCAGCUGAAACGAUCAAAAUUCCGACAGCCCAUUAUGAGUUUGGUGCCAAUUAUUUCGACCCACAAUUGAUGCUUAUUGGAAGGGUUAUGACUGAUGGUAGACUUAAUGCGAGAGUGAAAGCUGAUAUAACUGACAAGUUAGUCUUGAAGGCUAAUGCUCAGCUGACAAAUGAGCAACAUCUAUCGCAUGCAAUGUUCAACUUUGAUUACAUGGGAUCAGACUACCGAGCCCAGCUUCAACUUGGGAACAGUGCUCUAAUUGGAGCAACCUAUAUCCAGAGUGUGACACCCAGUCUAUCUUUGGGGGGUGAAGUUUUUUGGGCUGGUGUGCCUCGGAAGUCGGGUAUCGGUUAUGCUGCAAGAUAUGAGACUGAUAAGAUGGUUGCCACUGCGCAAGUUGCUAGCACUGGUGCUGUUGUUAUGAACUAUGUUCAGAAGAUCUCCGAGAAGGUUUCACUCGCCACUGAUUUCAUGUACAACUACUUUUCAAGGGAUGUGUCAGCUAGUGUUGGGUAUGACUACAUUCUUAGACAGUCUCGUGUGAGGGGAAAGAUUGAUUCAAACGGGGUUACAUCCGCUCUCCUUGAAGAGAGAUUGAGUAUGGGACUCAAUUUUCUUCUAUCUGCAGAGCUGGAUCACAAGAAGAAGGACUACAAGUUUGGAUUCGGUUUAACAGUCGGCUAAUAAAGAAGAAGUGCAUAAAAAGCCGCACGCAAUAAGCCACUCGCAGCGCAGAUUGCAGCAGCGGUUUCAGGCCGUGGAAUUCGGUUGAAUUUAUUCUAUUUCCCUCCAAGAUUUCAGUUUAGGCUUUUUUCGUCGGCGAAGUUACGGAAUUAAAAAAACAAAAACAAAAGUAAUGUUGUGUUGUUAUUUGAGGUUUAGGAUUUGUCUCAUAAGAACAUAAAAGAAAAAAGCAAUGGAGGUUUUGUUUUAGAAUUCCUUAUAAGGUCUCUCGUAAACUUGCCGACAGGUGUAUCCUCCUUCCUUUUGCAUUCCUAUCUAUCUAUCAUUAUCGA